GUCCUUCGCAGGACCAUUAUACCGCUGGGGUGUGACCAUGACGGCUGUGGUUCGCUAGGUAUCUCUACGUGAGAUGGUCAUAAUAUGUAUAAAUUCGAAUUCGACUUGGUUGGUUAGGAAACAAUACGAUAAACCUUCUUUCCCAAGCUCAUACCUAAACUCGUAUGUUGUCUACCUAUAGAUAUGCAAAAGAUGUAUAACCAUUAUAUACUUGUAAGGAAAAGCGCGCAACGGGAAAUGUCCCGUUCGAGGUUGCAGAGGAUGUCGCGCGUGUUAUGUUCUCGAAGUAGACAGAGACAGCAGAGCGGACUUGUUAGACAGAAUAGGCAUAAUCGAAGUCUUGUCACCUCCUGCUUCGUCAUGUCGCAUCGCCUACAACAGGAACGACAUGUUCGGGAUAGGCGUGUCUCCAAUAAGGCUGGCCUUUAUAUUAGUCAGGGCAGGGCGGCCAUGAUGAUUCGCGAAUUGAGAAUCCUUGUCGCACCAGGGUCCAGCGGUGCAACCGUCAGGGGGUCAUGUCCGGACUCUGCCCUGGGCACUGACGUCGAAUGACACACGUGUUAUAGUCGCUCAACAAUGGUCGACCUAAACCAUUUUUAGGUAAUAUCUAACGCGAAAUAUUAAUAACGCCGUAGAUCGACUCUUGUUUC